GCAGUCAGCGAUGCGGUUCACGGCGGGGGCCUCGUCGACGCGGUCGUGGCAGCCCAUGCCGACGGCGGACACCACGGACCUGCGCUUCUGGCUGCGCUGGCGGGUGGCCGUGUGCACGCUCUGGGUGCUCUGCUGCGUCGCCGCCGCGGCCUACCUCAUCUGGCGCCACGAGGGGCCGCGCGCGCACCGCCGCAUCGGAGCCGCCAAGCAGGACGCGGCCGCGCAAGGGCGGCGACGGCCGGACGAGCUGCUGUACGACGACGAGGCGUGGCGGCCCUGCCUCCGGGACAUCCACCCGGCCUGGCUGCUCGUCUACAGGCUCGUCUCCUUCGUCCUCUUCAGCCUCCUCAUCGUCAUCUCCGACGGCGGCAACAUCUUCCUCUCCACAUGCCUCAUCGUCGACCACCCUGCUGGCAGCCUGGCACAUUCUUCUGGGCCUCUUCCCCGGCGCUCGAGGUACAGCAGUGGCGGCACCGCUCCUCCUCACAGGUAUGGCCGCAUCUGCCUGUGCUCGGCAGAAGGAGGAGGCCGUGGUCAUGGCGACAUGCGGCACCCAUUUGUCGAGGCGGAGGUGCAAGCGCGCAGGGAAGAGAAGAAGGCCUGAGGGCGGCAGCGCUCCGGCGACGGUCGUGGUCGAGUGGAACGGCGUGUGGGGGGUCGUGCCAGGCAAGCAAGCCCGUGGGAGAGUUUUUCUGAACGAUAGCCCUCAGCUCGCCCCGACAAACUUUUCCGAUGUUCUGAUCAGGGUGGAGGAGCAUAUAGGUGAGGUGAGCAGGAGUGAUCUUGGGCAUACAAGUGCAGACCUAUUACAGUUCGAUGCCCUGUCGCUGAAUACCACACCUCCUACACUUCAAUCAUCUGAUAGAUUUUGUUGGAUGCAUUUGACCAUCAAGAAUCAGUAUUGGCAGCAAAGUACCAGAGGUUGCCGCGUGAUUGCGCAUGACAUGUGGCAGUAUCUAUCAUUCAUUUAUUGCUGCUUACAGAACCAUCUUUUAUUGCAAAUCAGUUCAGCAAGAUCUUGUGCCUACGGGUUUAUCCGGAGGUUUCCGACUUCAUGCGUGUUGAGACUUGAUUCAGCCUUAUUUCUGUAUCCAAAAGCAAAACAUGCCCGGUUCCGCUUGGGCUAUCUAAAACCACCCCUCUGGUCUGAAACACAUGUAUAUGUUCAAAGUGACACGGAGCUGAUUGAUGAUAGCAACUAUAUCUGGACAUACACAUCUAUGGAAUUUCGAAUGUUGCAGGAAAAUGUGAUGCAGUCUUUUAAGCUACCACACUCAGUUCUAUGUAUUGGUGGAGUGGUAAAGAUUGAGCUUCUUGGGAGGGUCCACAAGGACACGUUUGAUGGUCUGUACUACAUAUUCAGCAAGACGAUCAGCCACGACCUAGAGGUUGAUAAAUUUUGUCAAGGAACGUAUAGCCCUUCGAUUAGAAGGGGCCCGGGAUGCGGAGGUGAUUGACAUACUGAAGAUGCAUAGUGGAUAGACUAAUAUUAGUGGCUUAUAGAAAACAAAUGUCCCCAAAGUGUAUAAUUUCAAUGUGUAUGCCUCUCUCUGAAUUGGCACGAGAAGAUCGUUCUACAUUGGAAUCCAAUCAUCCAUAUAACUUUGAGAAGGUCACUGUAUGUCGUGUCUCUCUCUGACCGCCCCUCCUCCCAUUGACUUCGCAUCCUGGUCACCACCGUAUCUCCUGCUGGCUCGCCCCUCGCCAUCGUCUGGAGGGUUGUGUGUGCCGUUCUACAUUGGAAUCCAUAUAACUUUGUAAAGGUCACCACCACGCCGUCUCUCUCUCUGACCGCACCUCCCAUCGUCUUGGUUUGCUGGUUGCCGUUAUGUCUCCCUUUGGUUCGCCCAUCACCAUCGCUCGAGGUGUUGUGUAGGCCGCCGCUCAUGCCUCUACUCUGCAGUGACCACUUCAAUUAGUUGUGUUUCUGAGAGGGAAAAAAUCUUAUGUUGCUUUUCUAUCCAUCGCAUCGAGGCCCGAGAAUGCCCCUCUCCGGCUCUAAGCUUUGUUCGCCGAUGGUGAGUCGCAGCUGGGAAUCCUCCUCUCUGCUCCUUGCCCCCCGCCAAGAGCCUCGAUUGCAUCUGGACCCCGAGCUCUCCGUGCUCGCAUCGCCUCUGUGUGAAUCGUCGCAUCGUCAGGGGGAGAGGAAGCUGGCACUGCUUAUCCCCAAGGAGUGUGCCAUCGACGGUAGGAGGCCAGGCGGGGCGACGGGAGGAGUCCAAGCAAAUUGACAGGAGGAGGCCAGGCAGAGCACGUCAUCGCCACCAGCUGGCGCAUCGAUUGGCGCAUCGAUGGGACUCCGACAUGCUUAGGGGGCUCGACCAAGUCGGAGGCCAGGCGGUGUGCGUGGUCGUGGAGCGCCAGCCGCAGGCGCUUGAUAUGGUUCUCCCCUUGUCACGCCUCCUUUCGCUGCAGGAGACAACCUGUUGUGUUGGGCUCGGACGGUGCUGGCCGUUAGCUUGCCUUGCAAGAGGAUGCUCCCCUGCUCUGAGUCCUAGCAAGGCACUCUGCGCAUUGGGGGAAAAUGAGGAAGCUUUGGUUGCUUGGGAGAGUAUUAAUAAUGUCCAUGUUGUUUGACAAUUGAUGAUGAACUUUAUUAGAAAGAUUACACAGUGCAUUGAUGAGAAAACUAUUGUUGUCUCAAACUGGGUGGACAAGCUCAACGCUUCUUCUGCAGGCUACCCUGACAAUGAUUGUAAGGCUAUAGCUACUUAUACUUGUGUAUGUAUAAACUGGCAUGAUAUGUGUGUGAUCAGAAGACGGAUUUAGGUUAAUGCUACAUUUUCUAUUCAUAAUCAGUAGACAGGAAAACAUGUAGAACAAAUCUUCCAUACCCUCAGUAAGCUAUUCAUAAUCAUAAUGAGUAGAAUAUAUAAUUGUAUAAGGUUAUUUAGAAAGAUAAGUAUGAUUAUGCAGCUUCUUAAGUAUUCUGGUACAGUUUCAUGAGCAUUUGUUCUUGCUGAUGCCGACCCUCGGUGGGAUAUUUUUGUCAUGUAAACAUCUAAUAUUUGUAUGUGGUUAUGUGCACUUCAUAGGAAGGCUCACCGAUCCCCAUUUUUGUUUCAAGUCUGACAAUUGGUCGGAUUGCUUUUGGAAGAGGCGGCAGAAAGAAUAGAAACCAUGAUGCCUAUGUUGAUUCAAAGUAUAAUUAUUAAGCAAACCAUUACUGUUCUUAGUGCUUAGUUCCUCCUAUUGUGUGAUAUAUUUCCAUGUAAUCCAUGGUUUAUAUUUCCUUCAAUUUGUGGAAUAUAUAUUGUGUAACCAAUAGUGGAUUGGGUCGGUGCUGCCAUCAUGCUUUGCUAUUUCGUGUAACAACCUGAAUCCAACCUGAAUCGAAUAUGAAUCGUGUUCUACCAAGUUGGAUAUAAAGCCAGUGCAUUGUAAAUGA